UCGGUAAGCAUUUACGAUUUAUCAGUUUAAAUCAUGGCGCCGAUAGCUACGUACGUGUUUUUAGAUCUAGAGACUACGGGUCUCCCACAACUUGAUAAUAACCAAACCCGAAUUACUGAGUUAAGUAUGGUGGCAGUGAAAAGACAACACCUUCUGGACACUCGGCCGGGGGCUGUACCGCGCGUGCUUGACAAGCUGUCGAUGUGUUUCAACCCUGGAAGAUUGAUUCACCCAGAUAGCACCAAUAUCACCGGACUCAGCAAUGAGCUUCUAGAGCACAACACACUAUUCAACUUGAAUGUAUUUAAUACGAUUAACUCGUUUCUACAGUGUUUAGAGAAACCGAUUUGUUUGAUCUCGGAAAAUGGCCACUCAUUUGACUUUCCGAUCUUGAAAAAUCACUUUGAGAAGCUCGGAGUACAAUUACCAGACGAUACCUUAUGUGGAGAUAGCCUCUAUGCAUUCCAUGAUAUACUUGAGGGAGCUAAAGGGGCAGGCAGUACUGCAGGAAGCAAUUCGCUUGCCAAUGUGGCUCAAAAUGGUGAUAAAGUAAAGAGAGUGCAACUAUGUGAUGAUUCAAUAGGUGAACCUUCACCAAAAAAUGAGGAACAAAGUCCAAAUAUUGAAAGUGCUCAAUCUGAAGAAGUUAUAACAGAGGAUUUAGAGAAACAUUUUAAUGAAUAUGAUGAUUUGAAGUUUCAGCAGAUAAUGAAAGAGCAGAAUAAUAGGACACCAGAAAAGAAACCCAUACAAAACUCAUUGACAAAAAUCAAGAAGGUGAAACGCAAGAUAUAUUUUGGAAACAAGCCAAAACCUACCGUGUCUUAUAAGCUUAAGGAUAUAUAUGAGAGAGUGUUGAACCGUGCUGCAAAUGAAGCUCACCGAGCUGAGAAUGAUUGUCUCAUGACAAUGGAAAUAGCCAUUGGUUUAAAAGAAAAGUUUGUGGAGUAUAUGGAUGAUGAGGAAAAUCACUGCAAGUUUAGUGGAGUGAAGGCUAUGACACCAGGUGUGAAACUGGGAGACUAAUUUGGUGCUAAUAGUUUUUUAAGGUGGAAACUAAUCCAAUGACUUUGUCUUGGGCGAGGCGAGAGAGAGUGUCAGACCCUUACUGACUAAAAACCAUGCCGUUCCUACUCCUGCUUUUCCAGACCGACCCCUGGUAACCCGCUAGGUAGUCCGCAGCUGUGCUAGUAGGUGGUACUGUUGUAUUUCUACAUAAUUUUAAUUUACUAUUAUUAUUUUAUCAUAUAAUUUUUUUAUGAAGAUAAUUAUUUUGAUAAGUUUUUGAUGAAACGUUUAGGAGUUACGUGGCACAAAUCAUGAGAACAAUGUAUGUUUAAUGUGAAAUAUUUUGUUAGGUACUUCUUUGGGUUGUAUUAUUGAAGAAACAUUAAAAUUUUGACCUAUUUGUAACUAUAAUAAAACCAUACUUUGACACAAUGGUUAUGACUUUAAGGCACCUUUUUUUGUAACUUAUUUAUUCGAAAUUACAAGUAAUUAUUUUAAACUAAACCUACAGUAAAUGAAAUUGUCAAACACAAAAAAAAAUUGUAUUAUAAACACCAGGUGCAUUUAUAUGUAUUUUUAUAUCUUUUUAAUUUAUUGGUCUUCUGGUCAAAUGGCAACAUGAAAAUGUUUUUAAUGUAUUCAUUAAAAAUGUUUGUAUUAGGUACAUAUUAUUAUGUUUUGUAUUAAGUAUCCUUUUUAAUAUUUUCUUUUUUAUUAAUUUUUAAGUAAAUGUUUGCAAUAUUGAAUAAACUUAUAAGGUGAUAAUUAUGUAAGUAUUAUACCUGCGGUAGAUACAUACAUAUGGAUAUAUUUUGACUGUAAUAAUUUUUGAUCUCUUGAUAUACCAAAAUUCUAAAUUAUUCUUGAACAAAUGAAAUGCAACUUUAUUUGCUAUUGCAUAGAGUAGAAUAUUUUAUUGAUUUACAAUGGUUGUAAAACUCUUGUAUUAAUAUAAAUUGUGUAACCCAUAAUUCUACACUAUAUGCUAUAUAAUUUUACUAUAAUUCAUGUUUAUUUUUUUAUCAAAAUAAAGUUUUAUUAUACUCAACUGACUUUCAAUUAGUUUUGUACCUAUCUUAAUAUUUGUGAGAUUGUGUGUUGGUGUGUAUAUUUGCCACUCAAUCACAUCAAAAAGGAUUAGGAUAAUAUUUGGAACGGGGAGUGUGUGUGGUUUGGAACAACACAUAAGCCCCUUUUUUCCUACAGGUACACAAACAAAGCCGCAGGCAAAAGCUUGUUUAUAAUAAAAUCAAUCUAUAUAUUCUUUGAUAUGCUUGGCAAACCUGAAGAUAAUGAUAAACCCCUCUUAUGUAAAGGAGGCCCUUAAGACCUUUUUUUGUGAUUGGGGAAAAUCAGCCAAUGACUUCUCUCGCCUUAGUCGAGGCGAGAGGGAGUGUCUAACUCUUACUAAGAACCACCCCGUUCCUGAUACAUUUGGGUAGUAUCCUCGGUCAAAAAUAAAUUAUUACAACUUUUCAAUACAAUAAAAUAUUAAAAAAUAAUCACACUCUCAUUCAUAAAUUUGAUGAACUAUUUAAUUUUCGAUUUUUUCUAGCUAAAUUUCUAGAAAUAAGUCUGCUAUUUGACGUCAAAAACUUAUGACGUCAUAACGCACUAUUUCAUACAAAGUUCAUAGAAAAUAUCGUUUUUGACGUUUCGAAAAAAGUAUUGAAUUUGACUAGUAGGAAAGUAGCCUAUU